AGUAAUGGUAUUACUGCUGACUGUAAUGAUGCAUUCAGGACUUCUCGUAAAUGUCCUACAGUCCGUGAAGGCAGCAGGUGUGUGUGCUGACAGUAUCCGGUGUGUGAGUGUGUUUCGGUGUGUGUGUGUGUGAGCAGACAGCAGCUGAGGAGCAGCUGGACUUUGUUUCUGAAACUUUUAUGUUUAGUUCAACUUUUCUGUGACUUAUAAAGACGUGAGAGCAGCUUCCGGUAUGAACGCGCUGCUGCGGCGCUGCCAGCGGCUCCGUACCUGGACAGAUUUCCAUGUAGGAGCCGCUACAUCGACAUUUGAUGUGAGGAAAGUGGAAUUAACUCCUCUGGAGCAGCGAAAGCUCACCUUCGACUCUCACGCCAUGGUGACGGAGCUGGAGAUCAGCGGUUUUACGAAGCGUCAGGCGGAGAUCAUCGUGUCGGCUCUGGUUACCCUGGCGACGGCGAACAUGGACAUCGUUUAUAAAGACAUGGUGACUAAAUCCCACCAGGAAAUCGCUCUGCUGCAGAUCAUGGCUCACCUGGACUCCAUCAGGAAGGACAUGGUGAUCCUGGAGAAGAGCGAGUUCGCCAACCUUCGCUCUGAGAACACGAAAAUGAAGAGAGAACUGCAGCAGCUUCAAAACAGAAUGACGGAGGAGAGUCUGAAAGUCCGAGCAGAAACUAAACUGGACAUCAACCUGGAGCGCAGCAGGACGUCGGACAUCUUUACUGAUCAGGAGAAGAAGCUGAUGGAGGCGAGCACAGAGUUUCAUCACAAGAAAGCCGACCUGGAAAACGACAACAUGGAGAUCAACAAGAAGAUCGACCUGCAGGUGGCGUCGCUCAAAACUGUCCUCGAGUCGCACAAACUGGAGACGAUUCGCUACGUCGCAGCGACGUUGUUCUCGUGCCUCGCCAUCGCUCUCGGAGUCUACCGGCUGUGGAAGUGAAGGAGCCGCAUCACUCCGCUCGUCUUCAUCCUCCACACAAAGUAGUUCCUUUAAAAUCUGUUAAAACAUCGUUUAUAACGCUGCUGCUGUUUUCAAAGUGUUUGAAUAUAAAAACUGAAAUAAUGAAGUAAAAGUAGUUCAAAGUAUCUGCAAGUAAAGAUGUUAAAUUCCUUUAAUUAAAAGGAUUUAAUGGACUUUCAGGAAUGUGUUUAACUCGAACACAUUUCUGUGUAAAAUGAUUUUAUGAACUUUUGUGUUUGAUUUAAAUCUUCAGACGGAAACUUUUAAGUUUACUGACAACAGAAAGUUUGACAGAAUAGUUUUUAACUUUUGUUUGUUUUUACAUUUUCUAGAAUUAUGUCUUUUUUAAAGUUUUUUAAGUCAAAAGAAAAAUCGCGUGCAGUUUUAUGAAGAUUUUAAGAAAAUAUGAAACAUGUUCAGAGUUGUUGAAAUGUUUGAAAAAGAAAACUGAGUAGAAAUCUAU